UAUUUUUAGACUGAAACAACUUCUGUGACGUCAUUCGCCACACAGCGGGAUUUCCAUGAAUGGCAGGGAGUGUGAUUCACAGACAGGAUAACUUUAUUUGAUUUUGACUUCUUUGUUUUAUUUACACGACAAAGUCUCUGAUAAUCAGAAAACUAAAAGGGAAAAGUGUUUGGAAAUAUUUUAUUUGUUUAAAUAUAACACGAGUGUUUUACAUAAACACGGCAUUUUAUAAUCACAUGUAUUAUAUUUGUAUGCACUCAGUUUGACACUUGUGUGUGAAAAAUGGCCGACCUUUUAUUAUCGGGUAAAUCAAACCUGUUUAAGACUUAAUAUGUGGAGUAAGAUGUUAUGAAUGGUUCAGGACAUGUGGGAAUUUGUGGAAUAAUGUCACUGAUUGUCUCAUGCAGGCUAAGAAAAGAUAUACAACCGCAGUAAUAUGUGGUUUUAUUUUACUGUUGUUGAUAGUUGCCCUGAGAAAGACACCAAAGCUGUUUACACAAAAUGGAAAACAUUUUGCCAUUGAAAAUGGAGAAUUUAUUUCCUUCCUCGAUGCCAGUGACUACACGUUCGGUGAAGACAUGCACGUGUCGGCACGACAGAGGCGAUCACCGAACGUCAACAUGGAUUAUUCAAAGUGUCGAAUGGAAACCUGUUUCGAUUAUUCACUUUGUAAAAAUGGAUUUAAGAUUUACAUUUAUCCAUUGGAAGAGAAAGUGUCACAUAGCUAUAACAAAAUUAUUGUUUCAAUACAGGAAUCUAGAUUUUAUACAUCAGACCCUAAAGAAGCCUGCCUUUUCCUCCUAGCGUUAGAUACACUUGAUAGAGAUGUUCUAAGCACUGACAUGGUUCAAGAUAUAGACGCAGAACUUAACAAAUUACCAUAUUGGAACAAUGGAAAAAAUCACCUUAUUUUUAAUUUGUAUUCCGGUACAUGGCCAGAUUAUGUUUUAAAUGUGGAUUUUAAUAUAGGACAGGCAAUGCUUGCCAAAGCUAGUAUGUCUACAAACACAUUUCGUCAUGGUUUUGAUAUAUCAUUUCCAUUAUUUGCCAAAGAUCAUCCCCAAAAAGGUGGUGAAAAGGGGCUUUUGUACAUAUCUGCUAACAAUAUACCCCCGCUACGGUAUUAUUUAUUAGGCUUUAAAGGAAAACGUUAUUUGACAGGUAUUGGGUCAGAAACCCGGAAUUCAUUGUACCAUAUUCAUAACAAAAAGGAUAUAAUUUUAUUGACAACAUGCCGACAUGGCAAAAACUGGCAGAAGACGGCCAAAAAGCUCAACGAUACACGAUGUGAUACAGACAACGAGGAGUAUGAUAAAUAUGACUACAAGAAGUUACUGUACAAUGCAACAUUUUGUCUGGUGCCUAGGGGACGCAGACUAGGGUCUUUCAGAUUUUUAGAAGUUUUACAAGCAGGCUGUGUUCCUGUGUUGCUAAGCAAUGGUUGGGAACUUCCUUUCUCAGAAGUAAUCAACUGGAAUAAAGCAGCAUUGUGGGCCGAUGAACGGCUUCUCUUUCAGGUGCCCUCAGUAGUUAGGUCUAUAUCCAAUGAUGAAAUUCUAAACAUGCGACAGCAGACGCAGUUUCUGUGGGACGCAUACUUUUCCUCUGUAGAAAAAAUAGUCUCUUCAACUUUAGAGAUAAUCAAAGAUCGUAUAGAACGUCACAUGUCGCGGUCCAUGGUCAUGUGGAAUUCAUUACCCGGAAGUACGGCCUUGUUACCGGAAUUCUCCGAUUCCCUACAGUCUUUCCCGUUCUAUUAUUCGCAGCUCGGGAACACACCGAGCGAGAAAUUCACAGCUGUGAUAUAUGCCACCUCACCUGUAAUGUUUUCGUCUUCACCUUUGUUUCGGUUAAUUCGGACCAUAGCAACGUCUGCAUACACCCAUAAGAUGAUUGUGAUAUGGCACUGUGAUGUUUCUCCACCCCCUUCUCAUAGAUGGCCAGCAGAUUUAGGUGUACCAGUUCUGGUGAAAACCAGAAAUAUUAAGACGAUCAGUUCAAGAUUUUAUCCUUACCAAGAGAUAGAGACAGACGCGGUGUUCAGUUUUGAUGAGGAUGCCCUUCUCACAAAAGAUGAGAUUGAUUUUGCACUGAGUGUAUGGCGAGAGUUUCCAGAGAGAAUUGUGGGAUAUCCUGCACGCUCUCAUUACUGGGAUGAAGCUAAAAAUAGAUGGAGUUACUCUUCACGAUGGAGUAACGAAUACUCCAUGGUCCUAACUGGAGCUGCUGUUUAUCAUAGGUACUACAACUACUUGUAUAGCAAUGGCCUCAGUACUUCACUCACUCGAACUGUCGACGAAUCUCAAAACUGUGAAGACAUUCUGAUGAACUUUCUUAUUAGUCAUGUGACCAAACUUCCACCAAUCAAAGUGACUCACAGAAAACAGUACCGUGAAUCAUUGUUGCCAAAUAAUUCCAAAAACUCGCAGUGGCUGGAUUCUUUUCAUUUUUCGCAACGUCAGCUGUGUAUAGAUACGUUUGCCAAUAUAUUUGGAUAUAUGCCUUUACUGCGUUCAAAAAUGAGAAUGGACCCGAUUCUGUUCAAAGACCCAGUCUCAAAUCUCCGGAAAAAGUACAGACAGAUUGAAACAGUGAACACCUGAGGUUUAAUCUCAAUUAGAUCGUUUUAAUUAUCAGGUGCGGAAAUCAAAAUUGCUUGUUUACGAGCUUUUUUCUUUUUGCAAAGCAGUAAAGCAGGUGGAAAGAAAAUUGUCGAGGAAAAUCAGGAGUCGAAAACGACGGAUCGAAGCUGAAUGUAAUUCCAGAUGAUCCAGCAAAUAAUCAGAAAGUGAAGAUAUCGGUGCUUGAUUUUAUAGAAAAUGAAAAUUUUAGACUUUGCAGUUUACUACACACAGAGAAUAAAUCAUGGCAUUAAAUCUUGAGAAGCCAUUUGAUCAAGAUAGUUAUUCUGCUAAAGAUAGUUAUCCUGCUCUUGUGGCAUUCUUGAUUUUAUUGAAAUAGAACUCUAGACAAUGGUAUCUAGUUUACAUCACAAAAAUAAAAAGUCAUUGCAUUAGAAUCCUGUUGAACAAUUCAUUCAAAAAGAGUUGUCUCCCUUGUUAUAGAUUAUCUGAAAUGAAGGAAUUAGCAAAGUUAAAUUUCAACAGGUUUGACUACAUCUAGCAUAGUUAUUUCAAAUAAGCCUAUAAUGAGAACUAUAAAUGGUCAGUAAAUUAUUUUCUGUGUGUAGUAUACUAAGUCUUCACACAUCAUAUACUUCUUACAUUUUUUAAUUUUGAUUUUCUGUUAAGUCACCUCUUGUCAAGGGCAUUAAUUUUGCAGAAUAUGCCGUGUAUUAGGUUGAUGUUACUCUCUGGAACAUAAUUGUAUUUUUUGGUUUGUUAAUUUAACAUUUUCAUGUAAUAAGUACAAUUUGUAGGUUAAGUUCAAAUUUACCCAAAACUUACCAUUUUUGUGAGGGAUUUAUUUUCACUAUAUUUGCAAAAUUUAACAUUGGUAAAAAAGUUGUUGAUACAUUUAGCCUUAAGUGUCUCCGAAGUUGACCGUAUAUACUGUGAAAUCAUUUUUAUUCGCGUAGGACAAAUUUUCGCGUAUUUCGCGCUAGGACCGAUGUGUGAAUUUAAGACCGCGCUAUUAUUAUUUUUUAAUUCUAUUUUUUCAUUUAUAAAUUGAAAAUGCGCGAAUUAAAGCCCGCGCGAAACAGCCCUUUUUCACGUUUGCGCGAAAUUUUAUGCCAGCGAAUUUAAAUGAUUUCACAGUAUAUGGCAAAUAUUAUACCAAGUGGACCAAAGCCAAUUUUAAAUACAGCAAACAUGAAGUAUCUCAAAAACAUCUGAUUUUACAGCAGUAUCACACUAUAUGAUCAAGGAAAAUUAUACAUAGCAAUAGGCAAAAUAUUGACACAACAGCAUCAUCACCAUUUUGUAUCUUUGUACUCUGGACAUUUUUGACUUUUUUUUAUUAGGUUGUCAUCUUACGACGCUAGUGUUGUUGAAAGUUUACACAAAACAGCUAUUAAUUUAAACUUACGCCAAAGGAAAGUAUUCAUGCCAGUUAAUGUUUUUGUGCCGUAAUUUUUAUGCAUUUUUUUUUUUCAAUUAUCACAUUGUCGCAAUUCAUAUUUGUUUUAAGGUAGUUAACAAGUAACAGCAGUUGGCAGCUUUUUUCGUUUGAUAACAUAUUCUCCAUUUGCGAUUUUGGCAUUCUGUUGUUACGGAAAUUCUUUGAAUGUAUGAGCUGCCUUAACAAUUGAAAAUUGCCAAAAUAACAGACUAGCUACGUUAAUGCCCGAGGAUUGCGAAAAAUAGUAGACAAGAAUAAGUAAUUGCUCUGAAAUGUCUGAUUGUCAUUACAGGUCCCGUAUCUUAAAUAUGGACUUUUCGCAAAAUUAAUUUCAUUAUAUCAAAAUUUUUGGUGUAACGAAGGUAUGGAAAAGCUACGUUAAUGCCCGAGGAUUGGGAAAAAUAGUAGACAAGAAAAGGUAAUUGCUCUGAAAUGUCUGAUUUGUCAUUACAGGUCCCGUAUCUUAAAUAUAGACUUUUAGCAAAAUUCAUUUCAUUAUAUUUGAAAUUCUUUGAUGUAACAAAGGUAUGGAAAUUGUAAUAUUUUUCAGAAAUGCUAAUGACAAACUGUCCAAAAUGUAUGAAUACAGAAACAGGGGUGAAGUCUAUUGUUCCAAAUCCCAGACUUUGUUAUUUUUGUUUUGUUUUGUUUUUCAGUUUUUUAAUUGAACUUUCAUGAUAAAGUAAUGCUAGGUUAUUUACUUCCUUUCUGAUAUUUUAGCAGAUUUAAAAGAAACUGUUGUCAUUUUCAUACUUAAAAUGUUUUAAAAGAAGACAUUUUACCUUUAGACUUAGAUUUUUGUUUUUAUUUUGCAAAAUACCAAUAUUAAUUCAAAGUUAUAGGUUAUAUCUGGUAUAGACAGUUUUUUUUUUUUAAACCAAAAAAAAACACCUAUUGUUUUAACAAUAUAUCUGCUAUAUGCUUGUUACUAUUAAUAGUUCUUACAUUUGUAUGUAAUUUAUUUUAAAAGUCACAAAUUAUUGAUCCAAGAGGUAUUUUACGGAACAUGUUACCCGGAAAACGCGAAGAUAGUCUGUCGAGAUACAUGUGCCAAAAAUUGGUCAAAGUCAGUAGAAUAGAUUUUGUUUUGUACAAACAUUCAAUUUUAUACAGGUGUUUAUUAUUAUUUUUAUUAUUCCUAUUUUAAACUACGUAUAUAUGCAUUUUUAUAUUUUUAUUUGAUGUUUGAUUUUGUAUUAAGCGUUGUUACUGGGAAAAAGGUUGAAAUUUU